AUAAAAUGGCCAUGACAAGGGACCAUGUUCGUCUUCUCAAAAGGCAUCGGUGCCAUCUGGUGGACAAAAUCAGCAAUGAAUCGGUGAAAGACAUAUUGAACUUUUUGGAACAAGAAGGUAUUUUCACAAACCGUGAAGGGGAAGCUGUAAAAACUAUGUCAACAAAGGAAGAAAUGGUGGGGAAAUUAUUGGACAUUUUAAGCGGGAAAUCUGAGAAGGCAUACCCAUUGUUUCGACAAUCCUUAGAAAAUUGUUGUUACGGGCAUUUGUCUGAAAUGCUCAAGUAAAUGUUCGUCGAUGGAGGAAAAAAUAGCAAAAAUCUUCCUGUUCGUUUUGAGAUGGCCACGAAUGAUUGACACGAACUGACAACAACGUUUCUUAACAUUGAUUUGCCAUGUUGUUAGUCGGCUUCGAUAAGCAAUAGAAGAUAAUUCGAUAAUCUACAAGUUAAAGUACUUUGUGUAGAAGGAAAACCAAGCGUAUGCCUCAUUGGUCUGCCGCAAUUAAUUUUUUAAAACUGGACAGCAGACCUUUUCUAGGCCAAGAAGGUGGUUCGUUCGAACCCUCUCUUUAUUCCUCCUUCAUUCCUUAUAUUCCUUAUGCAAGCUGUGACUUCAGGGACCACUUCACGUUUCAUCAGGACACACACGACGUGGCGGAUUUUUUUUUUCUGCAGAGACGAAACUUUUUGUGGAUCACACAAUCAUGUUCGCUUCCUGAGUACAUUCUGCUGUUAAUUGUGUAUAAAUUUGCUGACAUUUGGCGGUGUCUUUUGAAAUUUAUGGACACUUUUAUCCACGUGGAAAUCGCUGUAUAUCACCACUAAUGUCGUAAAUUUGAAUAAAUGAUUAUGAAUAUAUUAUCAAUA